AUGCUCAUUUUCAUUGUUUUAUACUAUGAAACUGUUAACAAUGAAUUAAUAAAAAUUCCUGUUAAUCGAAUUCAAUCCACUUCAUCGACAACAGAGAACUGCACAGUUUCUUCAACCAAUGUAACAACAUGUGACAGAUCUUCAAAUACUUUUGGCAAAGUUUCUGUUAUAAAAUCAUCUACUUUUGAAAGUCUUAUCAAUGAAGCUGAUGUAUAUUUCAUUGGAACAAUCUGUAUUGGUACACCAUGUCAAUCUUUUCUCAUCGAUUUUGACACAGGUUCAUCUGAUCUCUGGGUACCAUCAAGUAAAUGUUCAUCGAGUUGCAGUAAAUUUAAAAAAUAUACAUCAUCUGCAUCGACAUCAUAUAUUGCCAAUGGAAAUGCGUUUUCAAUUUCGUAUGGUGAUGGUUCUGGAGCUAGUGGAAUUUUCAGUAUUGAUACUGUGACAAUCAAUGGAAUUGCAGUUCGAAAUCAAACAUUUGCUGAAUGUACAUCUUUGUCGGGUAUGGACGGUAAUGUCAAUGAUGGUAUUCUUGGAUUAGCCUAUCCAAGUUUGACAUCAGGUGGUGAAAAACCAGUUUUCUAUAAUAUGUGGUCUCAAGGUCUUAUUUCGCAACCUAUCUUUUCUUUCUAUUUAAAUCCUGAUGCAAGUGCUUCAACUGGUGGUGAACUCAUAUUUGGUGAUGUAGAUUCUACGAAAUAUACAGGUUCAAUUACAUAUAUUCCAGUAGCUCUUCAAGGAUAUUGGGAAUUUCAGAUGACAAAAGUGACUGUUGGAUCGACUUCGAUAACUCUAUCAGGAUAUGCUAUUGCUGAUACUGGUACAACACUGAUCAUUGGACCUAGCAAACUAGUUAAAGCAUUGAAUAGUGCUUUGGGUGGUAAAUAUGAUUCAUCCAGUGGAAUAUAUACAGUCAGUUGUACAACACGUACACUUUCAUCUUUUCCCAAUGUUACAUUUACGAUUGGUGGUACAGAUUUUGUUUUGACACCAUUACAAUAUAUAAGUAUCCAGAAGGACAGUGCAAAUCGUUAUGAAUGCUACAGUGUGUUUGUACCGGAUGAUAUGGAAGAUUCCAAUGAUAAUGAUUUCUGGAUCUUAGGAGAUUAUUUUCUCUAUUGGUUUUAUUCAAUAUUUGAUAUCAGCAACAAUCGCGUCGGUUUUGCUAAAUCAAUUUCAUACGAUUGGACACCAACGGUUGCCUCCUCUCUUUUUCUUGGAACAGCUACAUCAACAAAUACAACUACAACUGUAAAGCCAGUACAAACUACAACAACAACAACAACAACUACACGAUCGACUACUUCAACAACUGCACAGAAGGUUACUACAACAAGCGCGACAAAGACAACAACACGAUCAACAACAACAACAGCACACAAAGUUACUACAACAACUACAAAGAUGAUAACAACAACAACAACAACUCCAAGAAAAAACAUGACAAGUACGACAACACCGUAUCACCAACACAAAUAUUCACGCCGACGAUUUAACAAUGUGAAACAUUAA